AUGGCCGAUCUCACCAGCUUAAUCAAGCAACGGGAAUAUGCCCAACUAGGUGUGAUCAUGCUACAAGAAAGUUGGCUCCACAAUGAAAUUGAGGAUGAGAUAAUACACCUGGAUGGAUUCGCUAGCUAUCGCGUCGAUCGUCCUGUUCCUUAUUCCCGACGGGGAGGUGGCGUUAUCACAAAGGAACGUGCCUUCAAAAUGCAUAAACGAGAUGCGGUGCGCUCUCUUUCUAAAUCCAUCCGGGCUAAACUUCGAAGGCUAAACUCUUUAUACGCCCGUGCUCGGCUUGACAACAAAGGUGUUCGUGAGACGUGGCAAGCCCUCGUGCCAAUUUCUGGCAUCAGCUCCUCACACCGCGCAUCUGCUGCGGUGGCCAUAGGUAGUCUGAAUCAACGUUUCAUCAACCGGGGAAUCGCUCUCACUGCUCAGCCUAAUGGAUAUGAAAUGAACAACACUGAUCCCGUCUCCAGCGUUGCAACUGUCGACAUUUAUCAAGGGUUGGCUCCAUUAGAUCCUCACAAGUCCUGCGGCCCCGACGGAGUCUCACCCGCUGUCCUGAAAGAACGUGCUAGCUUCCUUUCCCCCGUACUGAUUGAACUUUUCAAUGAUUGUAUUUCGCAGUAA